AUGGGUGAGGUUGCACCAGGUGCUCUCGGCUCAUGGGACCCGACUCAUACUAUCAAAGUAAGCUUGGACACAGUAGUCAAGCUACUUCAGUAUCCUAACCCAGAUUUCCCUGUCAAUGAAGAAGCAAACACGCUGUUUUUGAGCAACAAUUCUGCCUUCAGAGAAAGGGCUCAGGACUGGGCCGUCAAGUAUGCAGGUGCCCCAGCUGCGGAAACACACAGUGCUAGUUAUGGAGGGUACAAUCGGAAGUUGAUUGAUCCAUACAUUGAUGCGGGAUAUGAUAAAGACGCAGUCGUCGAGGCAUUCAAGUACUGUGGAAUUGAUCGCAAUAAUGGCCAAGACUAUACUCUAGAGGAAGCUUAUCAGGGCGACAUCCUGGCAAGACUAUCCGAUGCCGAAUAG